UCGCACACGGCACGGCAGCUGCUGCAGCAGUCUGAAGUCCCAAGUCUCCAACGGAAAGCACGGGACCGGUUGGGCGCGCCGAGCCGAGCCGAGCCGAGCGCUGGAGUCGACUCCCCCCCCCCCCCCCCCCCCCCCCGGGCCACGGCCUCGCUUCCGUCUCCCACAAUCCAAGGAGACCGAGCAGGCGGCGGCGGAAGCAACCCGUUGGGGGGCGGCGGCGUGGAGUCCUGCUUUGCUCGCUCGGCUCGCCGCCGUCAUCCGCCGGCCGGCGAAGCGCGGAGGAGGGGAGGUCGGUGGGGGGUUGGAGAGUGCGGCGAGCAGGCGGGGAGAUGUCGGACGCGCUGAUUAAUGGCCUCGCGGGCGCCGGCGGCGGGAUCAUCGCCCAGCUCCUCACCUACCCGCUCCAGACCGUAAACGCGCGGCAGCAGACAGAGCGCGACCCUACCAAGCCGGCGUUUAAGGACGGCGCCGCGCGCCAGUUAUACUUGGUUGUGAAGAGUGAGGGGUGGGAGCGCCUGUACGGCGGGCUCAUGCCCUCGCUCGUCGGCACCGCCGCCUCCCAGGGUGUCUACUACUACUUCUACCAAAUAUUCCGGAACAGGGCCGAGGCCAAGGCCCUUGAGCGAUCCAGGAGAGGGCUUGGCGAUGGGUCUGUCGGGAUGCUCCAAUCUCUCACUGUCGCUGCCCUGUCUGGCUGCGUCAAUGUACUGCUCACAAACCCAAUUUGGGUGGUUGUUACCCGAAUGCAAACUCACAGAAAGGCCAACAAACAACAAAGCCCGCAGGGUUUGACAUGUGCUCUUGACAAGGCCAUGGAAGCUGCUAUUACUGAAACCACCCCUUACAAAACUAUCGAUGUUUUUCAGGAACUGUACAAAGAAGCUGGAGUGUUGGGCUUCUGGAAAGGGGUAAUCCCAGCUCUUAUUAUGGUUAGCAAUCCUGCGAUGCAGUUCAUGUUGUAUGAGACUCUUCUGAAGAAGCUGAAGAAGAGACGGGCCUCUAAUCUCAAGGGAGCUGAUGGUCUAACUGCUCUUGAAAUUUUUCUUCUUGGUGCUGUUGCAAAACUUGGUGCAACUGUUGUUACAUAUCCUCUUCUAGUUGUUAAGGCAAGACUUCAGGUGAAGCAAAGGAUUGACGAUGACAAGAGGCAUCGGUACAAAGGUACAUUUGAUGCGUUCACAAAGAUGGUACAGUAUGAGGGUCUGAAAGGCAUGUAUAAAGGAAUGGGCACAAAAAUUGUGCAAAGUGUUUUUGCUUCUGCUUUGCUUUUUAUGAUCAAGGAGGAGUUGGUGAAGGGUGCUCGAUUAUUGGUUACUGGUAACAUCAGUCUGGUUAAGAAAUUACCAUCAAAGCCAUCAAGAUAAAUAGGUCUUUGCAAGUGUUAGUAUACCCUGCCCAUAGAUCCGAUUAUUAUUCACAUAAAUCGUAGUCGACAAGGGAUGGAGCUCGCCUCUGUUAAGAGAGAUCCAAUUGUAGGUUCCACAACAGCCAGUAUGAUUCUUGUAGCGAACAAAAACUCUAUAUAUUGGAUAGAUCAUUUGUACCAUUUAUGUAAAAUGUAUUCUGGAAGAUUUAACAGAAGGAAAUAAAUAAGCACGGUAAUUAAAACUUCAA